GUCUGAUACCAAGACGAGGUUAAAUUGGGACACAGCUGAACAGUGAUCCUGAUGUCUGUUCCCAGCCACGCAGUCAAGACUGUGAUAAGAGGCCCCAGUUGUUACCAUGGCUUCUGCCGAGCCCCUGACAGCGCUGUCCCGUUGGUACCUAUAUGCUAUCCACGGCUACUUCUGCGAGGUGAUGUUUACAGCGGCCUGGGAAUUUGUGGUGAAUUUUAACUGGAAGUUCCCGGGAGUCACGACUGUGUGGGCCCUCUUCAUCUAUGGCACCUCCAUCCUGAUCGUGGAGCACAUGUACCUGCGUCUGCGUGGCUGCUGUCCUCUUCUGGUGCGCUGUGUCAUCUACACACUCUGGACCUACCUGUGGGAAUUCACCACCGGCUUUGUCCUACGCCAGUUCAACACCUGUCCCUGGGACUACUCCCAGUUCGACUUUGAUUUCAUGGACCUCAUUACCCUGGAGUAUGCUGUGCCCUGGUUCUGCGGGGCCCUCAUCAUGGAGCAGUUUAUCAUCCACAACACCCUCCGCCUGCGCUUUGACAAGGACGCAGAGCCUGGGGAAGCUGCCAGCCCACCAGCCCUGGCCAAUGGCCACGUCAAGACCGACUGA